GCCACAGGUCCGCACAGAAAACCAGGAGCUCCAAGACUGCCGCACACUCAACAUCCAACUCGCGAGGCCGCGGGGACGGCCACAGAAGCCAAUCGGCUCCUGCUACAUCACAGACCCCGCCCUCAAACCUUGAGGAGCCCGCCCCACGCACUGCUGACCCGGAGCCAAAAGAACUGCGUGGCGUCCGAUUCUGGCGUCACUUCCCUUCCCGCGAUGGCGGCACAGGGAGCUGCUGCGGCGGUUGCAGCGGCGACUUCAGGGGUCGCGGGGGAGGGCGAGCCCGGGCCCGGGGAGAAUGCGGCCGCUGAGGGGACCGCCCCAUCCCCGGGCCGCGUCUCUCCGCCGACCCCGGCGCGCGGCGAGCCGGAAGUCACGGUGGAGAUCGGAGAAACGUACCUGUGCCGGCGACCGGAUAGCACCUGGCAUUCUGCUGAAGUGAUCCAGUCUCGAGUGAACGACCAGGAGGGCCGAGAGGAAUUCUAUGUACACUACGUGGGCUUUAACCGGCGGCUGGACGAGUGGGUAGACAAGAACCGGCUGGCGCUGACCAAGACAGUGAAGGAUGCUGUACAGAAGAACUCAGAGAAGUACCUGAGCGAGCUCGCAGAGCAGCCUGAGCGCAAGAUCACUCGCAACCAAAAGCGCAAGCAUGAUGAGAUCAACCAUGUGCAGAAGACUUAUGCAGAGAUGGACCCCACCACAGCAGCCUUGGAGAAGGAGCAUGAGGCGAUCACCAAGGUGAAGUAUGUGGACAAGAUCCACAUCGGGAACUACGAAAUUGAUGCCUGGUAUUUCUCACCAUUCCCCGAAGACUAUGGGAAACAGCCCAAGCUCUGGCUCUGCGAGUACUGCCUCAAGUACAUGAAAUAUGAGAAGAGCUACCGCUUCCACUUGGGUCAGUGCCAGUGGCGGCAGCCCCCCGGGAAAGAGAUCUACCGCAAGAGCAACAUCUCCGUGUACGAAGUUGAUGGCAAAGACCAUAAGAUUUACUGUCAGAACCUGUGUCUGCUGGCCAAGCUUUUCCUGGACCAUAAGACACUGUACUUUGACGUGGAGCCGUUCGUCUUUUACAUCCUGACUGAGGUGGACCGGCAGGGGGCCCACAUUGUUGGCUACUUCUCCAAGGAGAAGGAGUCCCCAGAUGGAAACAAUGUGGCCUGCAUCCUGACCUUGCCCCCCUACCAACGCCGCGGCUACGGGAAGUUCCUCAUCGCUUUCAGUUAUGAGCUCUCCAAGCUGGAGAGCACGGUCGGCUCCCCGGAGAAGCCGCUGUCUGACCUGGGCAAGCUCAGCUACCGCAGCUACUGGUCCUGGGUGCUGCUGGAGAUCCUGCGGGACUUCCGGGGCACACUGUCCAUCAAGGACCUCAGCCAGAUGACCAGUAUCACCCAAAAUGACAUCAUCAGUACCCUGCAAUCCCUCAAUAUGGUCAAGUACUGGAAGGGCCAGCACGUGAUCUGUGUCACACCCAAGCUGGUGGAGGAGCACCUCAAAAGUGCCCAGUAUAAGAAACCACCCAUCACAGGUGGGUGGGGGGCUGCUGUGUGUCGGGGGUGGUGGGGGAGUGUCAGUAUAUGGACUGGUAGGAGUCAAGGCCUCCUUAUUGCUGUCACAUGAUCCCAAACCAGUCAGACCAGCUCCCAGGAUGGAGCCCGGGGCAGGCCUCUCAUUCCUGGGCUUCCCUGCCCCUCCCCAGCACAGCCUGCCCUUUUGUUCUCACCUGGAGGAGGUGAAACUGGCCUGAGCCCAGAGCAGGGCAGCC